GAACAGAGCGCGCCCUCACUUCAACUUCAUACCGCCCUCGAGUCCCACAAUUGCCGCGAUUCUCCAUAGUAGAGCUCGAUUCCGCCGCCGCCGCUGAACUCUCCAUCGUCAACCUCCAAACCUUCUUUCACCGCCGUAGUUGAUAGCAAAGACGCAAUCGAACUUUAGUUCACUCCGUUCUUCCGUUUUUCCGUCAUUCAAAGCCUCUUCUAAAUCCAAUGUUCAACAAUGCUUCCAAAACUCAUUCAAUCAACUAGUUCUUCUCUCCUUCAAAGAAUCACACAUACACAUACAACCACACUUUUCCGUGUUUUAUACUCGACUGUGUCAAUUUGCGAUAAUAUUCCAAGAAAACUCAAAAAGUUUGAGAGGAAACCAUUGGUAACAAGUAUCAAUGAACUAAAACGUGAAGGUAGAAAGAAGAGAAAGGAGAGACAAAAAGUGGAUGAGAUUAUUUUACAAUCUCGUCAAAAUGGUUUAUUGGUUCAGAAAUUGAUUCCUGUUGCUAAGGAAGUUUAUGCUGCUAGGUCUCAAUUAUUGUCUUGUGUUUCUAGACUUGUUAAUCAUAUCGCUAUUUAUACAUGCAGCAUAUGUGGAGACGUUCAUGUUGGUGAUCCACCACAUAAAAUUAGAACAUGCAAUGUUAGAGGAAGCUUGUCAAGCAAAGAACACAGUUGGGUCAAAGGAGGUAUUGAACAUGUUCUGCCUCAUGUAGAAUCAUUUCAUCUGUAUGAUAGAAUUGGGAGGGCUGUUUCACAUAAUGAAAUGCUUCAAGUGGACCGAAUUCCAGCAAUUGUUGAAUUGUGUAUCCAGGCAGGUGUUGAUAUACCUGAGUACCCUACCAGGAGGAGGACCUUUCCUGUUUAUUGUGUUGCUGGUCGGAUAAUCGAUUUUGAGAAAAGAUUUCCUAAAGAAAUUUCCCUUGAAAAAGAUAUAGACGAAUAUGGACUUCCAUAUCAGAAAAAGAGAUCGGAUGAAGACACUAAUUCUAUGGAAAUGCAUUGUGAUGACAUCCAAGCUGUUGCUGUCCGAGGCAUGAAAGCCUGGAAGAAAAUGUGCACAGGAGCUUCAAAACUUAUGGAGACAUAUGCUGUCCAAACUUGUGGAUACUGUCCAGAGGUACAGGUGGGACCUAAAGGGCAUAGAGUGCGAAAUUGUCAAGCAUACAAACACCAGAUGAGGGAUGGACAGCAUGCUUGGCAGGAGGCUACAAUAAAUGAUUUUGUACCUCCAGUAUAUGUCUAUCACGUUCAAGAUCAGCCUUUGGUAAAUGAGUUGAAAAGGUACUAUGGUAUGUUGCCUGCAGUUGUUGAGCUAUUUUCACAGACUGGGGCUCCGGUUGAAAAGAAUUAUGCACAUACAAUGAGGGUAGAUGUAGUAGUCCCUGAAAUGGAUGAGGAAAAGUGGGUUGUUUAGCGUGAUGGGUUGAAUGAAUUUCCAUGCAUGAAGGAACCAUUUGGACAUUGGAAGAGUCUAAUUAGAAAAUAAGGUUUAAUUUAGUUCAAAUCGUAACUAUUUUCUAUGCUGGCAAAUAUAGAGGCAUAUUGAUGCUACUAUAUUUAGUAUUAGUUUAGUAUUUUUCUGGUGUACAAAAGGAAAAGAAAACUUUAGGCUAUAGGAUUUGUUUAGUAUUUUUCUGGUGUACAAAAGGCAAAGAAAUAUUUGAUGAUACACUAGUAAAGAGGAAGAGAUGGCUUUCUUGCCAAAGUACCUAUUAUUACUAGUAGAAAAACAACUCCUAGAUUUGUAUUAACAGUAGUAACUAGUUUCUGGUUCCAACUCCA